CUCAGUGGGGCUUGAGCAGUUGCAAUCCCAGUGCAAUUGCAUCCAGCACCCUCAGGUUUUUCACUCCACCAUUUGUUAAAAUAGAUUACUUCGCGCUCUUUCUUUUGCUACAUUUUCUCAUCUCACCACUUGAUUUUGUUUUCUGUUUGCAAUUAUUACAUAAAAAGGGGGGCUAAGCGAAGUGCCAUGCCGAUAAGAGAUGUGCGAUUAAGCAUGGCUUCUUGAUAAUCUUGACCCGUGGUGCGAUUUUCUUUUGCGAUGUUUAAUAUUGUUCUGAAUUUGAAUCAAAUCAUAUUUCUUGACGGCCAGACAUCCGGUCUAGUAAGAACUCGCCGCCAUGUCUUUCCUAGGUCUUGAAGGCUUGCAUGUAUUCAUCACCGGCGCAGCUGGAGGCAUUGGAGGCCAAGCAGUCAAGGAAUUCCUAGGCCAGGGAUGCAAAGUGACUGCCCACGACCUGAAACCCAGCAGUGUAGCACCAUCACCAAAUUUAUUCACAGUCAGCGGCGACAUCUCGUCCGAAGAAUCUAUCAAGAGCUGCAUUGCCCAAGCUAAAGACCACUUCGGACCCAUCAACAUUCUCAUUGCCAAUGCAGGAAUCACCGACGAGUCCAACUCCUACCCAAUUUGGGAGCUCCCACUCGAUCUUUGGGAGAAGACCUACAACACCAAUAUCCGCGGCACUUUCCUCACCAUCAAGCAUUUCCUUCGCUCUGCCGAAGAGACACAGAAAGCUGCCGGUGGAAAAGAACUCGAGCAUCUGUCUAUCGUAGUCACGGGUUCAGAAUGUGGCAAGUUCGGUCAAGCAGGACAUUCAGAGUAUGCUUCUGGAAAGGCAGCAUUGCAAUACGGACUCAUCCGUGGUGUCAAGAAUGAGAUCGUGAGAUUGAAUAGCAAGGCAAGGAUCAAUGCUGUUGCGCCUGGUUGGGUCAAUACCCCUUUGAUCGAGGGACGCUUAGAUGAUCCGAAUGAGAUGUGGACGGAAGCUCAAGCUACAGUUCCGCUGCGCAAGAUUGCUCAGCCAGAAGAUGUUGCGAGAGCAAUGGCCUUCCUGGCUAGUCAUCGAGCAGCUGGGCACAUUUCAGGCGAAUGCAUCAGUGUCGAUGGUGGAAUGGAAGGUAGAGUUGUAUGGAAAGCGGAGGAGGUUAUCAAAACUUCACCCACCUCAGUCCUCACAUCCGCAAAGGAGAAAGCCCAGUUGAUUAUUCCCACCUCAACAGUCCCUCAAGCCCUGACUACGCCACCGAAACGCAAGAUCCAAAUCCUCCUCUCCAUCGAUUUUGACGCCGUAUCAGGCUUCCUCGGAACAGGCGCCGCGCCAACAAACAAUAUGGCCGACUUCUCAUCCGGGUUCUUCGCCGGUCAAGUCGGCGUGCCUCGACUCCUCAAACUCUUCAAGAAACACGGAAUCUCAUCUAACGUGACGUGGUUUAUCCCCGGUCACUCCAUGGAGACGUUUCCUAAAGAGACGAAGAAGAUCGUGGAGAGCGGUGCCGAAAUCGCCUGUCAUGGGUAUGCGCAUGAGGGCGGGUCCCAGAUGAGCGAGAAACAGGAGAAGGAGGUCAUUUUGAAGUGCGUGGAGCUUGCUACGGCUUUAACGGGGAAAAAACCCAGGGGAUGGAGGGCACCGCUUUAUCAGAUUCGGGAACAUACUGUUAGGGUAUUAGAGGAGCAGGGCUUCUUGUACGAUACUUCUUUGACACACCAUGAUUCGCAACCCUACUUUCUGCCUCAAGCACCAGCCAUCCAACCGAUCGAUUUCUCGCCUCACCUCUCAGCUUCAUCAUGGAUGAAGCCACUUCCCAAACCAUCUCCCCCAACGACAAAAACUCUAGUCGAACUCCCUUGCAACUGGUACAUGGAAGACAUGACACCCAUGCAAUUCCUCCCCGCGGCGCCCAACUCGCACGGCUACGUAACUGCAAGCAGUAUAAUGGAGAUGUGGAAAUCGCGUUUUGAUUUCCUGUACAACGAGUUUGACGAAGAGGAGAGAAAAGAGGCAGGGAAAGGCGACUUCGUGUUUCCGCUUGUGCUGCAUCCAGAUACGAGUGGCAUGGCGCAUGUCAUUGGUAUGAUUGAUAAGAUGAUUGGGUGGUUGAAGAGUAGAGGAGAGGAGGUGCAGUUUUGCAAGUUUGAGGAUGUGGCGAGGGAGUGGAGGGAGGCCCAGAAGAUCUAAACAUUGCAAGUAGGUGUUACUCAACAUUUCCAAUCGCACAUAACAGCAAUCUAGUCACCAAACAGGAUAUCAAAAUACAUGGAAAUCUAUAUUACGCUCCUCCUACACGCUCUUCUUCCCCUCCAACCUCCUCCUCCUCCCCUCCUCCGCCAACUCAUUCUGCCUCAAAAUCGCCGCCCUACACUCCCCCCACUCCAUCGCCCUCCUCUUCC